AUGAGACGAGCAGCAGCGAGCCCGCAGAAGAGCCUGCAGAAGAGCCUGCAGAAGAGCCUGCAGAAGAGCCUGCAGAAGAGCCUGCAGAAGAGCCUGCAGAAGAGCCCGCAGAAGAGCCCGCAGAAGAGCCUGCAGAAGAGCCUGCAGAAGAGCCUGCAGAAGAGCCCGCAGAAGAGCCUGCAGAAGAGCCUGCAGAAGAGCCCGCAGAAGAGCCUGCAGAAGAGCCCGCAGAAGAGCCUGCAGAAGAGCCUGCAGAAGAGCCUGCAGAAGAGCCUGCAGAAGAGCCCGCAGAAGAGCCUGCAGAAGAGCCCGCAGAAGAGCCUGCAGAAGAGCCUGCAGAAGAGCCUGCAGAAGAGCCCGCAGAAGAGCCUGCAGAAGAGCCCGCAGAAGAGCCUGCAGAAGAGCCUGCAGAAGAGCCCGCAGAAGAGCCUGCAGAAGAGCCUGCAGAAGAGCCCGCAGAAGAGCCUGCAGAAAGCCCGCAGAAGAGCCUGCAGAAGAGCCCGCAGAAGAGCCCGCAGAAGAGCCUGCAAAGAGCCUGCAGAAGAGCCUGCAGAAGAGGAGAGCGGCGGAGACACACGGGCCACAGCGCGCGACCCCCAGCAGACUGAGAACAGCCAGACUGAGAACAGCCAGACUGAGAACAGCCAGACUGAGAACAGCCAGACUGAGAACAGCCAGACUGAGAACAGCCAGACUGAGGACAGCCAGACUGAGGACAGCCAGACUGAGAACAGCCAGACUGAGAACAGCCAGACUGAGAACAGCCAGACUGAGAACAGCCAGACUGAGAACAGCCAGACUGAGAACAGCCAGACUGAGAACAGCCAGACUGAGAACAGCCAGACUGAGAACAGCCAGACUGAGAACAGCCAGACUGAGAACAGCCAGACUGAGGACAGCCAGACUGAGGACAGCCGGGUCACACGCACGAACAACACGUGA